AUGAAGUUCUUCAGCACCGCCGUCACCACCGCCGUCCUCGGUCUCUUCAUCUCCUCCUCUGCAGCUGCCCCCGCUGAAGCCCUUGAGGCCCGCGAUGACUGCGUCGUCAAUGCCGCCAUUAUCUCCAACUGGGCCGAGAGCGGCCUGAGGCGCUACCGCGUUGCCUUCUCGACGAGCAAGGCCAACGUCGACAUGAAGGCGGUCGCUUGCGAGUCGUUCUGGAAGAAGGCCGACCCUGCCACCAACUGCGCUGCCAUUCAAAACAAUAUCGCGUGUUACCACAGCUCGGCCGUCAACAGCUGGGUCGUCGAUCAAAACGAGGUCGCCGGCCCCGCUGGCAAGGCCGCCAUCGACUGCAUGGUUAACAACUUCAUCACUCAUUUCGCUGGCAGGACUGGCUGCAGGGCCGGUUAA